AUGUCGGAUACGGCAGUAGCUGACACUCGGCACCUUAACUCGAAGCCGCAGGACCUGACCGACGCUUAUGGGCCACCAAGUAACUUCCUGGAGAUCGACAUCUUUAAUCCACAGACUGUGGGCAUGGGCCGCGCGCGCUUCACCACCUAUGAGGCUCGGAUGAGGACAAACCUACCUAUCUUUAAACUGAAGGAAUCUUGUGUACGGCGACGCUACAGUGAUUUUGAGUGGCUGAAAAAUGAACUGGAACGAGAUAGUAAGAUUGUAGUUCCACCACUACCAGGGAAAGCAUUGAAGCGGCAGCUUCCUUUCCGAGGAGAC